CAACAAUUCACCAAAAAGUCAAACUCCGGAUGAAAAAAAGUUUCUUUAAACCAUUCUUCUUAGUCAUCACCUAUUUCUUCUUCCAGCAAUUCACAGGAAUUUUCGUUAUAAUGUUCUAUGCAAUCGAUAUAGUUCAGGGAGCUAAAGUAGAGCUAGAUGCUUACAUAACGAUAGUUUUGAUAGCUACAGUCCGACUGGUAGCUAUGUUAUUGCUGAGUUACUCCAGCAAGUAUUACGGUAGAAGACCGCUCAGUAUUGUAUCAGGGACAGGAAUGUCAGUCUGUAUGCUGACACUGGGUAGUUAUAUUUUAUGUAUCAAACAAGGACUAAUCAGUGAAGAGUUGGAGAAAAAACUGACUCUGAUUCCUCUGUCUUUAUUGAUACUGUAUUUCUUUAUAAGUACCAUGGGAUUCUACCCUAUACCUUUUGCAUUAUCUUCUGAAGUAUAUCCCGGAAAUAUAAGAGGUACUGCCGCGGGUUUUGGUGCGGGCUGUAACUUUCUGUUUUUUAUAACGGUGAAAUUGUACCCUACUAUGAUGGAAAGUACGAACGCCUACGGAGUGUUUUUCUUUUACGGAGGUAUGGCCGUAGUUGGAACUAUAUUUGUAAUCAUUUUUUUGCCAGAGACCCGAGGUAAAACUCUGGAGGAAAUCCAGGAAUACUUUGUGAAGAAGGAGAGUAUUAAAGAAGAACACGAAAAAAUUGUAGAAAAAAAUGCAGUAUAGAAUAAUAAAAUUUAUUACGGUUUAGUAAAAUGAUCGGUCAAUUUUAAGACAUUCAGUGAUAUUUUUAUUAUUUUCUUUUAUAUUUACUUCUUUUGCGGCUGAUUAACUAAGUAUUUUAUGUACAGGGUGGUUUAUUAUGCAGAUAAGAAUAAGUAAAA